AAACAGCCUCUCGUUAAGCUGGACAUGAUGAUUUCUGCUGUGAAAUACCUGUGCACAGAAGGAAAGCAGGGGUUCAUAGAAAACUUUCAGUGCGUGAUGAACAAGUUUGUGGUGAAUCAAACCAGUCUUCUGUCUUGUGCGAAAUUAUUUAGAGAACUUAUGGAAAUAGAAAACCGCAAAACUGUCUCUGAUGUUUCUAGUAAAGAAUGCAGGUUAUUAGGCAAAACUUUGACCUGUAUUGAUGACAAGGCCCAAAAUUUGUGUGGUGGCAAAGCAACAACUUAUAUCCAUUCUUAUAUGAAAGCCUCGUUCAAACCACUGACGGAGGGCAUAACAUGUAACAAUAGUCAGACGAUAAUCACACAUUGGUGGACUUUCCUCAUGAUGUUUGUUACUUCAAUUUGUCUCUUUAACGUUCUGUAUGAUUUCUGAUGAAAAUAAAUAAUUUAUCACUUUAUUGUCUUUUUUCAAAAACUUUCUUCAUAUGAAUU